GCUCUGGACUGGACAGCAGAGCAGGGCUGCACUAUAUAUUGACCUGGUUUCAGGGGUUAGAAACACAACAAGACUUCGAAGGAAGCAAAGAAGCUCAGUAAGAAAAGCAGCGAGAAGCUCACAAAGAAACAUCAUCAUGAAGACCCUGAUUCUGGUCUGCGUCUGCGCUCUUCUGUCAGUCUGCUGGUCCAUGGGAGCCGUGGAGCCCGAGGUUGUCGUGGAUCCUGCUGCUGACACAGCCGCUGACCCUGCGGCUGCCGCUGCAUCCUCCUCUGAAUCCGACUCAGCCUCCUCCUCUGACUCCUCUUCAUCAGACUCCUCAGCAUCCGACUCCAACUCGAGCUCCGACUCGUCAGCCUCCGACUCAAACUCCGAAUCCUCAGAGUCUUCCGAGUCCUCCUCCGCCGAGUCUUCUGAGUCCGCCUCGUCAGAGUCUGACUCCUCUGCCUCCGACUCCUCUGCCUCUGACUCUGCUGCCUCCUCCUCUUCUUCUUCCUCCUCUUCAUCAGAGUCAGCCAGUGCUGAAGCGUCUCAUGUAGUGAUGAAGAGAGACGUCGCCUCUGUUCUUCUGAGGAGACGAAGAGCUGCAGGAGGAACCCUCAGUCCUCUGCAGCAGGAAAGCCUGAGGGAGGUGUGUGAGCUGAACGACGCCUGCGAUGAAAUGGCCGAGACUGAGGGCAUCGUGGCAGCGUACACCGCCUACUACGGACCCGUUCCUUUCUAAGUGGAAGACUCUUUCACUCACAUGUGGACAGUUGUUUUUUUAAAUAUACUUUAAUGAUAUUAAGAAUGCAAUAAUAUCCUGAGUCUUUCUGAAAAGCUGAUAAACUAAAUCAGAUGGGGAUGAACCGUCUCCUGGUGCUAACUGGAGGUUUCUGUUAGCUGCAGAUCCAGCUGUGGUCUCCUGCAGAUGUUCAGAGACAUGGAAACACAGACCUGUGAACAAUGUAAACUCCAUCCAAGUGUAAAUUGUUUUUUUUCUCUUGUAGGAUUUUACAAUGAAUGGUGCUACAAAGGCAAAUGUAUUGUAUGUUGAUGUACUUUUUGUUUUUAUAGUUUGCUUUAGUUUGAUUUUACUGCCAGUGUUAGUGAGUUGUUGUAGAGCUGAUUGGGUUUUGUGUAUACUGUAGUUUGUGGGAAACACUCAUCAGUUGUCUGUAGUGACCACAAAUUGCCUCUGGGUUUGAAAAUAAUAAAUUAUUUUGUUUUGUCA